AAAAGUUUGGAGCUCGCGCUGGAGCGAACUCCCGUUCGUCCGAAGACUUUUUAUAAACUCACGCGCACAGUGACGACGCGUUCAGGGCAAAGUUUGCGUCGGAAAUCAGAGUUUUUCUGCUUUUCUGCGCGUGUUUAUUCCCCGGCUGCAGUUUUUUUUCUGCAGGAAUACAGACGGAGAGGAGAGAGAGAGAGAGAGAGGGAGAGAGAGACUCAGAGAGAGAGAGGGAGAGAGAGAGGGGGGGAGACGGUGUGGCUGCUUGAAGAUUCUGCUCCAAAACUUUGGCGACAUCAUGGACGCGCACCGCAGCGCGCCCCCGGCCGGGCAGCAGAUCGUGCACGUGCGCGGGGACUCGCAGACGGAGCUCGAGGCUCUGUUCAACGCCGUGAUGAACCCGAGUAAAGUGAGCCGUCAGCCGGCCUCGCUGCCCAUGAGGAUGAGGAAGCUUCCGGACUCGUUCUUCAGACAGCCCGACCCGCGAGGACACUCCAGACAAGCCAGUUCAGACGGAGGCGUGUGCGGCUCGCUGACUCCUCAUCACGUGCGCGCUCACUCGUCGCCGGCCUCGCUGCCCGUGAACUCUCUCUCGACUCAGGCAGCAGAUGUGGCGGCGACGCCUGUCGUCCCUGACGACGUGCCGCUCCCACACGGCUGGGAAAUGGCCAAGACGUCUACGGGCCAACGAUACUUCCUCAAUCACUUGGAUAAAACGACCACGUGGCACGACCCUCGUCUGUCGCAGCUUCAGUCGGCUGCAGCUCAGCAUCCCAUCGCUGGCACUCCGCUCCACGGCCACUCCCUCAGCAACCCAGCGCCCAGCACGCAACCACAGAACAUCAGCCCAGAGACAGUGCAGAACAUGAACCCUGCCAUGCUGGGGCUGGUGAUGCAGCAGAGGCAGGAGAAGGAACGACUGCGGUGUAAACAAGCUCACCCUCAACAAACCACACCACAGGAGAUGGGAGGAAGGAACCAGAUGACGAGCGUGAUGGACCACGACAGGAACUCACAGACUCUGGACGUCAGGAUCAGAAACUCCAACCAUGAACCUACACUGAACGGCGCUCACUCUCGUAACGAGAGCACUGACAGCGGCCUGAGCGUCAGCAGUUUACCUCGCACAUCAGACCACAUGUUGAGCUCUGUGGAUCACAUGGACACAGGCGACUCUGGUGACCCCGCGAUGACCUUACAGGAGUCGAUGCCCGUGCUGCCGAUGUCUGAGGGCGAGGAGCUCAUGCCCUCUAUCCCCGAGGGUCUGAGCUCAGAUCUUCUGAUGGACAUGGAGACCGUUCUCUCUGGAUCGCACAUGGACAGGGACAGCCUGCUCACCUGGCUAUAGACACGCCCACCUUCCCCGCCUUUGUCGUCUGAUGGUGGCGAUAUGACUGAGAACUUGAGAAGUGGAACCGAACAAACAAGACUGUCGAGUGAUGGAUUCCUAACCCUGCUCCCUCUGUGGAUUAUAAAGACCGCACUGGAACCCAGACUGUGGUAGAGACCGGGUUCUCCUGGUUUUGAGGCCUGGUUUACAGAGGCUUCUGCCUCAGAUGAUAUUUCACACGUGUCUGGUAACGUUUGUAUGAGUACACCACACACACACACACACACACACACACGCAAACACACGCACACACAGCAAACGUUAAAAAGAAUCUGCAUGAAACAUUUACAGACGCUCAAAUAACACGAGAGGCACAAAAGAUAUUUAUUGAAGUGUUGCAGAUAUAUAUACACAUAUAUAAAUAUAUAUAGAACCAUCAUAUCCACAUUUAUCUCUGUUGUGUUUAAUAGACACCAUCACGUGAGGUCAAAGGUCAGAGCAAGAAGAGACAAAACCACAAAACAUUUGUGACUCAGAAGACACAGGACAGACGAUAGAGGACACAGGACAGAAUAGAGGACAGAAGACAGCAUGCGGUAGUAAAAUAUCAAGGAAACUGAAAGAUAAGUGUUAAAUGAAUUUAUUAAAGUCUGUGGAGCUGCAACAUCUGCUGAGGUUUUUCAAAAUAAAGUUAAAGACUUAAUUGUGUCAGAAACACACUAAUAUUAACAUUUAUCAUUUUAAUGUGCAGUAGAUUAUCAUGAUGUGGUCAGCUGUAAUCCUGACUCAGUUUAGAUCAUGGAUGUUGUUUCAAUCAGAAGUUACAGUUACAGCAGGACAAAGUUACAGUUACAACAGGACAAAGUUACAGUUACAGCAGGACAUAAAGUUACAGUUACAGCAGGACAUACAGUUACAGGACACAAAGUUACAGUUACAGCAGGACAUAAAGUUACAGUUACAGCAGGACAUAAAGUUACAGUUACAGCAGUACAUACAGUUACAGGACACAAAGUUACAGUUACAGCAGGACAUAAAGUUACAGUUACAGCAGGACAUAAAGUUACAGUUACAGGACAUAAAGUUACAGUUACAGGACAUAAAGUUAGAGUUACAGGACACAAAGUUACAGUUACAGCAGGACAUAAAGUUAGAGUUACAGGACAUAAAGUUAGAGUUACAGGACACAAAGUUACAGUUACAGCAGGACAUAAAGUUACAGUUACAGGACAUAAAGUUAGAGUUACAGGACACAAAGUUACAGUUACAGGACAUAAAGUUAGAGUUACAGGACACAAAGUUAGAGUUACAGGACAUAAAGUUAGAGUUACAGGACACAAAGUUACAGUUACAGCAGGACAUAAAGUUACAGUUACAGGACAUAAAGUUAGAGUUACAGGACACAAAGUUACAGUUACAGGACAUAAAGUUAGAGUUACAGGACACAAAGUUACAGUUACAGGACAUAAAGUUAGAGUUACAGGACACAAAGUUACAGUUACAGGACAUAAAGUUAGAGUUACAGGACACAAAGUUACAGUUACAGGACAUAAAGUUAGAGUUACAGGACACAAAGUUACAGUUACAGGACACAAAGUUAGAGUUACAGGACAUAAAGUUACAGCCUCACAACAGAACUCACACUGAAGUUACUAAUAACCAGCGUUUGUGUCUGAUUGUGAUGUAUCAGCUUCACAAAGGAAGGAUUAAUGGGAGAGUUGUUUUAUUGGAUGUCUUUAUAUUAUAUUGUGUAGUUGUAACAGUUUGCUCUCAGCGAGGUUCAAGUAUGAACUUGAAAUUUGACCCCAUCCCAUUUAGGCUGUUUUAAUUCCCCUGUCGUGUUUUUCCUUUGUCAUAUUUAAAAGUUGUAGCUGACAAUCAAAGAGACAAAGACAGCUUUAAAUCUACACUCAGUGCAGAGUCACACUUAAAUCAUCCAUUGUUUUCCACAGUUUCCUAAAUAACCAAUGUCAUGUGAUCAAUAACUGUCAAUAUAACCUUUCAUUAACAGUUUGUGGUGUUGCAGUUUAAGUGUAGAAGGUUUUGAAGAGUCUUUAUUGCAUUAGCAAAACAAUAACAAUGCAACACUGACAAAAAAAUGCACUUUUUCUCUUUCGUGAUGAAAUGUUUGUCCAGUAAAUCAAGUGUUUUUUCAACUCCAAUAUGUAAUUUAAUCACUUUUAUAAUCUAUGAAUGUAAGUGAACACAGAGCCACACUCUGGUCACACUUAAGAAAAAGUAACAAAGAUGAUAAUUGUGAGCUUUAAAACGAAAAAAGCACCCACACACUAACUGCAGAGGCUGUAAUAAGAAUACAUGAGCUUAUAAUGUACACGUUAUAAUAAGUAUUCCAUCUGUGUUAGCCGCUGACUUUAUGUUCUUGCAGUGUGUUUACGUUUUAUUUGAAUAUAUAUAUAUAUAUAUGUGUGUGUGUGUAUAUGUAUGUAUGUAUAUGUACAUACACAUAUAUAUGUAAUUUACAGCAUCUCCAAAUCAUGAGCCGAGUGGGCUUAUUAUGAAAAGUAUUAUUAUUAUUAUUAUUAUUAUUAUUAUUAUUAUUAGUGCAGGCUCUUACAUGUGAUGCUACACACUACCUAGCCAAUUAUUUAUCUUAGCAUGCAUGACACUCACGAUGUAUGUUCCAUAUAAUGUUGUUUAUUGUUCUAUUUACAGAGAGUUUUGCAAUCAGAAUUGUUUUGUACCUUUUUAUGCAUGUGCUUUAUAUGAACACUAAUUGUAAUCAUUUUAAAGUUUUCUGUUUAAUAAAUUUUUAUAUACACCUGA